AUGCUGCCAACCGAGAUUUCAGGAGGAGUGUGUUUCACCUCAAGCAACCACACGGAAGGAAGGAGAGAAGGGAUGAAAACGGAAGAGACCCAGUCGUGUCUGCAACAGCCUCCAUCAUCCACACCUUUUGGCUCGGAGUACGGCGGAGGUGGACAGGUGUGUGCCGGCUGUGAGUCGCCCAUCGCGGACCGGUUUCUGCUAAGGGUGAACGAGCGCUCGUGGCACGAGACGUGCGUCAAGUGCGCCGUGUGUCUGAGCGCGCUGAGCGGGACGUGCUACUGCCGGGACCGCCUGCUGUACUGCAAACACGACUAUGAGAAGCUGUUUGUGAGGAAGUGCAGCGCGUGCCUGCAGGUGAUUGGGCGCUCGGAGCUGAUUAUGCGCGUGCUGGGCCAAGUGUACCACCUGGGCUGCUUCAGCUGCUGCGAGUGUGAGCGCCGGCUGCAGAGAGGUGAUGAGUUUGUGCUGAAAGAAGGCCAGCUGCUGUGCCGGGGGGACUAUGAGAAGGAGCGGGAGAUGCUGGCUGCCAUCAGCCCCACCCCGACCGAGUCAGUGAAGAGUGAGGAUGAGGAUGGUGGAGGAGGAUCUGGUGGGGUGAAGGCUGGCGAGGAAGGGAAGGACCACAAACGCUCAAAAAGACCACGCACCAUCUUGACCACACAGCAACGGCGAGCUUUCAAGGCCUCCUUUGAAGUGUCCUCUAAACCUUGCCGCAAGGUGAGAGAGACAUUGGCUGCUGAGACUGGGCUGACGGUGCGAGUGGUGCAGGUGUGGUUUCAGAACCAGCGAGCAAAGAUGAAGAAGAUAGCUCGCCGGCAGCAGCAGCAGCAGCAACAGCAGCAGCAGGAGCAGGAGCAGCUCGGGGGGACCAGGAGAGGACCGAGCAGAGGGGGCCGACUGAGCAAUGACGACAGUGAGGAUGGCUCUAGUACUCAUGGAAUGGAUGGGAUGCUGGGGUAUCCCUCUCUUCCACGUCAGCAGCUUUUGGCUCUGGACCCGAACAUCUACGGAGGAGAGCCAUUCAGACAUGGGCUUACACCCUCUCAGCUUAACAGUGAGCAGCUCCACCCCUAUGACUCGGAGACGGUGUUCCACGAUCUGGACAGCGAUGGCAGCCUCGGUCACCUUGGCGACUGCCUCUUGACGACAGGGGAAGGCGGCCUCCUGCCAGGCCGGGUGGGAAACCCCAUCGACCGCCUCUACUCCAUGCAGAACUCCUACUUCACCUCCUGA